GAGUUUCGGCCACACGAGAAAUUCUACUAUGCCAUCCCCCUCUCAGUUUAGACCGAAGGAAAAGGCGAAGAAAACUCGGAAGCUCAGUCAAGUGUUUAGUGAUCUUGGGUUUGCAAAUCAUGCACGGACAGAUCAGGAGAAGUUGGGUGAGGGAAGCGCUUCUGCACAUGGUAUCACACGCGUAGCUCCAGAUCCAUCAUUCGCUACUCAUCGAGGGGGAAAGCGGCUAGUAAAACAGCCUUCACUCCGUGUCUCAGCCAGAUCAAGCACAGCACAAGCAGACUCCCUAGAGAGAUCCCUCCCAUCGUCUCGUCCAUCUGCCUUAACAUCACCCACAUCGUACAGAGCCACGAAAAUCAGUCCCCUGUCCUCUAUCGUUUCCCCCAUCGCGUCGGAAAGGAGCGAGCAGUCGUGGGAUGACGAGUUAGGGGGUCCGAUACCUAAGAGUCAAGAGCAACUUCAGCGAGCUAGGUUGGCAAAGCUAGCCCGUCAUCUGGGCGAGGAUAUUCCACCAGAACUGGUCAUAUUACCCAGUGUCGGCAGGUCUCCCAAUGCUAUAAAACUACCACGCGCGAGGCCCGCUACUAUGCACGAGCGACGAAAGAGCCUUGACGUUUCUUUGCUUGCACCGGCUAAGCCUUUGCCCUCGUACUCUCACACGACUAGCGAAAACAGUCAAUAUUUAAAGAGGAGUAAAUCACUACGAGCAAGUAAGGAGGAGCAGAUGAAAGCUCAGUCGGAGCUACCCGAGAAGCAUAACAAUCUGGGCGACAAAUCGAAGUUACUGGGCGAUAAAAGCUCACGUGAAGCUAUACAAGGUACUCGUGCAGGUCCCGAACGACGAAUGCGUGAUACUGCGCAAGCAGGGAAUAUCGAAAAUCCCGAUACGCCUAUUGCACCCAGUCAAGAAUGUCAACUGCCACCGUCUAGUGCAUUUUCUCAUGAUCUUCCGCUUGAACCUUCAUCAGAUGUGCCCGCUGUCAGCGAUAAGACUAUCACUUCGCAGCUGGCAGACGUAACAGUCCAGCCGCAUAGUGAUCAGGGUGAUAGUCAUAUGGCAAAGCAAGGCUCUUCACCUCAUCCUCCUGCCCCUCCAAGACCAACGCAUAGUACGCCUAGGCCGUUCCCCACCGUAGGGCCUCUACCCCGUCGACCGGCGACUGCAGAUGGGUCAGAUUCAGCAAACACGUUCAAGGCACGCCGGCGUCGCGCUGAAAAACUGGCAAACUUCUUCGGUGUGGACUACCAAGACCUCUCCGCCACUGGUAUUCUAGAAUGCGACCCUGUGGUGGAGGAGGCGUCUGCUGCAGAUGUUGCAGCUGAUUCACCUGCACCAUUUUCACCGCCACCAACAAGUGCGAGCGUCCAAGUUGAUGUUAAAGUCAGCAAACCCUCUCGUUUUUGGAAUUUCAUGGAUGGACGAAAUAGUCUGAGACAUGCCAACGUCGAUGAUGUGAUUGGGCAAUUGAGGGCGAUGAAGGCGUCUACUUGAACACACCCAUACUUCGACUUAUCUUUCUUGAAAUGACAAUAUUUUUGUAGGGGUAGGGACGAUGGGGACACAUUGUACAUUUGUAUGAUUAGCUUGCAUGGUUUCUGUGUGGCUGGCUACACUCAUUUGGCAUAACUUAGGUAUUUCUAUCUACUCGUUUUACGAUACUGUAGUAUCUAAGUCGAUCAGCGAAUCCAUGCGCUCAUUGUAACUCACCUUCAUCAACUCAUGAAUCGUUUAGUGUCGUUUG